CCGUAUGUAGGGGAACGAGGCGACGAGGUUUUCAGGCUCAGUCGCCUACCGACCGCGGUGUCGAACAGAGAAGCGGGUUUAUUUGCUGUUCGAUUCCCGAAUCGUCCGAGACGUCGGAUUACGUCGCAUUACGUCACAACUCUUCUUUCCGCGACAAUAGCGAGAAGCGGAAGUGAGAGGAAUCUCUGCACCCUUUCGGUUGUUUCAAUCAAACUACUCUUACUGUCGUUCUUUGUUUUUCGUGGACGUUUACGGCACCCGGCGGGAGAUCGAUUCUCGGAGCAGGAGGUGGCUUGGAGAGGCUAUAAAAUGUUGGCUAGCCAGGACAAUAUCCAGCAGAGUUGAUGAAGGCCUUUUCCUAGAGAGACACCUAAUUGACUAAUAAGAGGGAAGAGAAGAAACACAUUGCUUGUCAAUAGCGGUUCAAGCGUGAAGCGAGAAACACAAUGGAUCCUUAUUCAUUAAGUGUGGAGCGAGAGGCUUCGAAGAAUAUUGAGGAAAACGAGCGAGAGUGCUUCAAAGACGCGAUCGUUUCGAGCAGAAGCCUCAACAAAGGUUUUGUCGAGCCGACGAAUCUUAGAAAUGCCAUUCGAGAGAUUGUCGCGUGCAUCGUCGCAGCAUCUUUCCACAUAGCAGUAGGCCUCACUAUGGCAUACUCAGCAACUCUCAUUCCUCAUCUCGAGAAGAAAGAUGCGGAAUUACCUGCCACGAAAGAGCAGACUUCCUGGAUAACCAGCUUGGUCGUCAUAUGCGCGCCCCUUGGUGCUCUGUUGGGGGGUUUCCUGAUGGAAAUAUUUGGUCGGUUGAGGACCCUACAAAUCGGAGCGAUCCCCAGUGUCAUCGGCUGGAUCCUUAUCGCUUGUUCGAAUAAUGUACCGAUGUUGCUGAUCGGUCGUUUGUUAGGCGGACUGUCAACCGCUUUGGCAACCUCGCCAGCGAUAGUCUACAUCACUGAGGUGGCUAGACCGGAACUACGCGGCUCAUUGAUCUCAUUCGGACCGACGCUGGCAUCAUUCGGAAUGUUAUUGUCUUAUUUAAAAGGCGCUUACCUGGAUUGGCGAUUAGUCGCUUGGCUCAGCAUCAUUUACUCGAUUGUGCCCGUUAUCAUGGUGCAAUUUUGGGUGCCAGAAUCACCUGUCUGGCUUGUCUCGAAAGGGCGCAUUGACGACGCCAAAAAAUCCCUAGAAUGGCUUUAUAAAAACGAGAAAUCGCAAGGUAAAAUAUCAGUGGUCGAGGCGCAAUUUACUACCAUUAUGAAAGAGAACGAAAUUAAAUUGAAUGAGCAGCGGCGGAGCAAACACGGCAAUAUGUCCAACAAAUUGCGAGGAUUCUUGAAACCGACAGGAUGGAAACCUAUGACGAUACUAUUUUUCUUUUUUGCAUUUCAGCAAUUCUCUGGCAUUUACAUUACGUUGUUUUACGCGGUGACUUGGUUCCAGGAAGUGGGCGCGGGAGUGGACGAAUAUUUGGCUUCAAUUUUAGUGGGCCUGACACGGUUUCUAUGUUCCAUGGUAAACACUUGGUUACUGAGGCGAUAUAAGAGAAGAGCGUUGUGCAUAAUUUCAUCCUUCGGGAUGGCCAUAUGUAUGACUGUCUCUGGUUAUUUCACAUUGAAUAUCAAAAAUGGCGAUCGCAGCGGUUACUGGGUGCCGGUGCUCUGUCUGUUACUUUACGUGUGCACAUCGAUGGUCGGGAUGCUGACUAUUCCUUGGACCAUGACGGCGGAAUUGUUCCCGACCGAAAUCCGCGGGAUCGCCCACUCUAUCAGUUAUUCCAUGGCGAAUGUGCUCAUGUUCGCCGCAUUACAGAGCUAUCGAAGUUUGCAAGCUUUUCUAGGAGGAUCAUACGCGGUACAAUGGUUUUUCGCCGGUGUUUCUGUGGGUGCAGCUCUCUUUGUAUGGCUAAUGCUGCCAGAGACGCAUGGGAAGAAGCUGUCAGAGAUCGAGGAGUACUUUCACAACAAUUUUCUGGCCUUGGGAGCGGAGACGAAAAACAAAAAACGACAAGCUCAGAGAAGAGCUCAGCAAAAGACGAAAUCGCCGGCAACCGAGCCGCUCAAUCCGAAAAAUAUGCAAACUGUCUAA